CGCGUCUGUCGCCGGUCUCGGAAGCGGUGCCGCACAUUUUCAUACUAUGACUGUUGUCGCGAGCGACCGACGACAGUCAUAGGCCGCGUGCGGCCGCGAUCAAUCGCGAUUCACGGAAUAGUACCUUAACAGUGCUUACUUUGGCGCUAGACUAAUUGGUGUGUGUUGGAAAUAUAAUUAAAGGGUAGUGUUAUUUCACUGGGAUCUUCUCUAAGAGGAGGUACCUAACUACAUAUAUCAAAAAUCACAGCUGUUGCGUAAACAGUUUGAGAAAGAGAAUCAACACCGCACUGAAUUAGGGAAACUCCAAAGAAAGCCAGUGCGGGCCCGCCGCCGGGUCGGGCCCGCUUCAAACCAGCUGCUUUACCAAAUACGUAAAGCAGCCAAAGAAAAAUGGAGCAGUUUGAAUCGCUGUUGACGUGCUGCGUCUGCCUCGACCGGUACAGGAACCCGAAGCUGCUACCAUGUCAGCACAGCUUCUGCAUGGAGCCAUGCAUGGACGGCUUGGUCGAUUACGUGAGGCGACAGGUCAAAUGUCCAGAAUGCCGAGCAGAACAUAGAAUCCCAUACCAAGGGGUACAGGGAUUUCCCACAAAUGUCACUCUUCAGCGCUUCCUCGAAUUGCACGCUCAAAUAGCAGGGGAACUACCAGAUCCUACUGCUGGGCAGGUUAUGGAAAGAUGCAACGUUUGUUCCGAAAAAUCUUAUUGUGCUCCGUGUGCCCACUGCGACAAGAAAGUCUGCGAAGAUUGCAAGUCAGCGCACAUGGAAGUUCUUCACCGCGAAAUAUCUAGAAUUAACAAUCAAAUACGUCGGGGGGUCAAUAGGCUACAAGAUAUCUUAGGGAUCGUUGAACGGAACACGACAAAUCUUCAAACAAACUGCGCUGCAGUUGCAGGGGAAAUAGAUGAAAUACACAAAAGACUUUCAAAGGCGCUAAAAGAUAGAACCGACUUCCUUAGGAAUGAAGUUGACCGUUAUUUAGCCACCGAACUUAGAAACCUCACUCACUUAAAGGAUAAUUUAGAGUUAGAGUUAAGUAAUAUACAAAGUAAUUGUGAUCUCGCCGAUAAAUAUAUGACCGAUGAUGUUGAAUGGGAAGAUACGGAAUUAGUUGAUACCAAAGAGAUUUUCCUGAAGACGGUGGAAUUUCUUAGAAACUUCGAUUAUGAAGCGGGCGACUACAAUCGUAGAAUGAGAUUCAUCAUGACGCAUGAUCCAAAUCAGUUAGUUUUACAUGUUGCUAGUUAUGGUGAAUUAAACAUAACUCAUCCAAGUACUUAUGGAGGUAACAUGCAGCAAACGCCGGGUCUAACAAGGUCUAAGAGUGACCAUCGUUUGGCAACUCAGUUCCGCCAACAAGAGGAAGCUAAAGGUUAUACUGAGAACGAUGAGCCUAUACUUGGUGGGCGUAAGUUCGGUGAACGUCGACCACCUCCACCAGAAAAACCUACAAGGGAUUACGGUACCACUGAUGACUACAGUGGCUAUGAAUCCGAGCAUAGGCCUUCACGUAGGUUCCGUUCACGUUUUGUAAGGAGUCAUCAACAAGACAAUGAUUCAGACACGGAGCCAACAAGUCGAACAAGUAAAGCUGAACAGGUUCAAAAAGAAAAAGAGAAAGUUACAGAUACAGAAGACGCAACUAAAGGUCCUCUUAGUGGAAUAUUUAGACUUAGUGACUGUCCUCGGGUCAUGCAGAGGAUAUUAGACGUUGACAGUGGGAAAAAAAAAGAAAAAAAGGAAGCACCUCCACCCCCGAAGCCAGUGCAGCCGACACCUCAGCCACGUCGUCCUCCACCACCAGCACAGAGGCAACAGAGUGAAGAUGAUGAAAUUUCACGACUUAAGAGACAAAAUAAAGGGGCCGCCUCCUCUCAGGAACCAGACCGAGCCCCAGCACGACCUGCUGAAGAGGAAAGAACCUCCGUAAAUCGUAAACCACCAACACCAGCUCGGGAGGCAUCCAGUGAUGGUGAAUCGGAUGAAUCUGUUGGAUCUUUGCAACGGACACAGCGUAAGAAUACAGCACCAGCACCAAAGCCCGUUUCAACUGCAAGACGACCCUCAGGGUCUGAAGCAGCGACACCACACCGUCCAGCUGCACGUGCCCCUAGUACAGAAUCAAGCGCAUCAACAGAAAGCUCCGGCUCGGCGGUUAAGCACACAGGUGCGAUACUAACUAUCGAAGAACUUAAAGCCAAAUAUAGCAAUCACGGACUUCCACCAAAACAUGGCAUUCCUUUCUUUUCCACAGGCAACGACAGAACAGCACCAGUGACGACUAAUGGAACAGCCGGUGGCGCACAACGGGUGCAAAGUCGCUUCGUGGGAUCUCAACGGCCAGCUCCUGCCCCGGCGCCCGCCGAGCCGGCUCACGAAGACUCCGACACAAGUUCUGAAGAGGAAACUGAUUCUUCGGAAGAGAGUGAAGAGGAGCCUGCUACGCAAAGAAAGCCCGAGAGUCAGGCGAUGACUCGAACUGAUAUAGGUCCACUAUUAGCACGCAGCACAAACGCUCGUAACGACGCUGUAGAUAGCAAAACCAAAGAAACACCUUCACAAUCUCGAUACCGCUCGAGACAGUCAUCACAGACUGAAGAAGAAUCUACUCCACGUUACGGUUCUAGUGGCUCUUCAUACAACAAUCGUUACGGUAGCAAGCCCAAAGAAGAAUUAGAGACUCAAUCUUCGCUCGACGAUGAUACGAAGUACCCCACCGCCAGAUCGAGGUAUCUUGCCUUGAAAGAACGGCGUAAUCGGCUCGCUAGAAGCAAAAGUAGCCACACGGGGUUUGGAGCAGGAGAUGAUGAUGAUCAAGAUGAUCCCGUGUCUCCAACAACUGCUUCGCCAUCAGCAUAUCUUGCGGCUCGAUACGGCUCCGGCACGGGUGGUACGGAGUUGUCUCGCAGCCGGUCUUCCCACGCAUUAAAGUCGAGGGAAAGCUCACCAGAGCGGCCUGCGGCCGGUGAGAAAGACGGUGCAGCCCUGAGCUCUUGGGCAAGGUACUUGAAAAAUAAAUACGGAUCGCGGGGCAAAGACCGUGACACGAGCGGAACUACUUCGAGUACAUCGCGUCGUCUGUCUCUCGGGUUGCCCUUACGUUCGGCCAACGAGCUUGCCAGUUCUGAUGACGAUUCAAAAAACGCGGCAGGCUCCCCCAUCUCCCCUACGGCGGCUACAGCAGCGGUAGCAGGUUUCGCAGCAGCAGGUUCCUCCCCUAGGAGCCAGUAUCUGCAGAAACGCCGUUUACAAUUCAGCGUGGGGAGCCGGGGGAGCGAACCCGGAUGCUUUACUUGGCCUCGUGGCAUCGCUGUGGGCCCCGACAACACAAUGGUCGUGGCUGAUUCAUCAAACCACCGAGUCCAAGUGUUCGACUCUAACGGUAUAUUCGUAAAAGAGUUCGGACAAUACGGCAGCGGAGAAGGCGAAUUCGACUGCUUGGCUGGUGUUGCAGUCAAUCGAAUUGGACAAUACAUUAUUGCUGACAGAUACAACCAUCGCAUUCAGGUCUUCGACCCUGCAGGCCGCUUCCUCAGGGCCUUCGGCAGCCAAGGUACUGGAGACGGCAAAUUCAACUACCCCUGGGGUAUCACCACGGACGCGCUCGGAUUUAUAUACGUGUGUGACAAGGAAAACCACAGAGUUCAGGUGUUCCAAUCAGACGGCACGUUCGUGGGCAAGUUUGGUUCAUUCGGAUCCAAGCUCGGCCAGCUGGAGCACCCGCACUACAUCGCAGUUUCCAGCACCAACCGCGUGCUCGUCUCCGACUCGAACAACCACAGGAUCCAGGUGUUCGACGUCAACGGGAGGGUGCUGUCCUCGUUUGGGGAGGAAGGCUCUGAAGAUGGGCAGUUCAAGUUCCCGAGGGGUGUAGCGGUAGACGAUCAAGGUUACAUCGUGGUCGCUGACUCGGGCAACAACCGCAUCCAGAUCUUCCACCCUGACGGCACGUUCCUCAGAGCCUUUGGGUCCUGGGGCUCCGGUGACGGCGAAUUCAAAGGCUUGGAGGGCAUCGCCGUCAUGUCCGGCGGGAACAUCAUAGUCUGCGACCGAGAGAACCACAGGGUUCAAGUGUUUUGAGAUGACCUGAACCUGUUGCGAUGAACGAAAAAUCAUCUUGAAAAUGCUUACAUUAUUACAAUUAAAUUGUAAAUCUUUUUUUAUAUGUAAAUAAGUAUAUUGUUAUGCACUCGAAUUAUUUACACUGCAUCACAUUUUUUGUAUGUUACUCGACGAGCUUGAAUUUUAAAUAAAAUCAUUGUUUUGCCAA